GCUGUGCGGGAAUCGGAUUCGAAAUGAUGUUGAUUAGGCAACGAAUCGGAGUGGUCUACCGGCUGGCCGGGAUCAGUGUUCGGACGUGUGCGAAAGACACCAAAAGCAGUCAACGACCAGACGAAGAAGAAGGCAAGGACGAUGGUCAGCAGAAAAGUAGUUCCGAAACGAGAGUGGCACUAAGAACGCCGCUCUUCGAGCAUGUCUCCACGAAGGAUAAGAAAACCUACAUCGAAAUGGUGCGAGUGUUUGAAGGACGCAGUGUCCACCGGAGGAACCAUGUCGAGUUCAUCUACGCUGCGCUCAAACACAUGGAGGAAUUCGGGGUGCAUAAGGAUCUGGAAGUGUACAAAUCACUCAUCAACGUAAUGCCCAAGGGUAAGUUCAUUCCGACGAACAUCUUUCAGGCGGAAUUUAUGCACUAUCCGCGCCAGCAGCAAGUCAUCAUAGAUCUGCUGGAACAGAUGGAAGAUAACGGUAUAAUUCCGGACUACGAGAUGGAAUCGAUGCUGAUCAACGUGUUCGGUAAAAAGGGUCACCCAGUGCGUAAGUACUGGCGAAUGAUGUAUUGGAUGCCAAAGUUCAAGAACCUGUCCCCGUGGCCAUUGCCCAAUCCGGUUCCGGACGAUUCUCUGGAGUUGGCAAAGAUGGCAGUGGAACGAAUGUGCUCGGUAGAUUUGUUAUCACAGAUCUCGUUGUUUGAUACCGAGAAUGUUCCGGAAGCGCUGGAUCACACGUGGAUCGUCAGUGGACAAAGCUCGGAACAAUCGGAGCUACUAGCUCGGCAUAAACAAAAACCAGUUUUCAUCGAGGGGCCGUUUGUGAUAUGGUUGAGAACCCGAUCAAUCAACUAUUUUCUGCUGAAGAGCGAAUCGAAUCCGCCACCGCCGAAGGACGAUGAGGAUCUGGAUGACGUACGCAACAUCCGGAUCCCAUUUGUGGGCAUCGGGAUGAGUCAUUCUACCGCGCCACCGAAGAACAAGGUGGCACUAAAACGAUCCGUUCACGAGCAGGAUGAUGGGACGAUUUUUGCCAUUUGCUGUACGGGAUCGUCGACGAAAGAUUCACUCCUAUCGUGGGUCCGGUUGCUGGAGAAGCACGGUAAUCCGUGUCUAGGGCACUUGCCAGUACUGUUCAAGUUUACGUCCAAUGUGCCCGAUCAACUCAAGGUUGCCGCACCGGAUGAUGGUAAUGCUGGUGGAGGCGACGGCAUGACUGAAGAAGGGAAAUUAGGAUCCUAGUAGUUCGA